GUGGGCACCUCGGGCCUACGAGCCGAACAAUUUCCAUGAGGAGGCCAGGAAGAUGCAGCUUGUGUCAGCCCUGCUGCUUCUGUUAGUGAUGUUCACCGAGCCGAGUGACCAGCUGUUAUCAACACUGCGCAUGGCUGCUGUCUUGGAUGACUACACGACGUGCGGCAGGGGAGAGCGAUUAGCACUGGCGCUGGCGAGGGAAAAGAUCAACAGCAUCAUCGAGGUGCCCGCCAAGGCUCGGGUUGAGGUGGAAAUCUUUGAGCUGGGCCAGGACAGUCAGUACGAGGCGACAGAUACCAUGUGUCAGAUUCUGCCCAAGGGUGUGGCAGCCAUUUUGGGGCCUUCGUCAAGUCCAGCAUCUGGAGCCUUCAUUAGUCACAUCUGUGGAGAGAAAGAGAUUCCCCACAUAAAGGUGGGUCCAGAGGAGACUCCAAAGCUGCAGUAUCUCCGAUUUGCCUCGAUUAGCCUGUACCCCAGCAACGAGGACAUCAGCCUGGCCGUGAGCAGUAUCCUGAAGUUUUCCAGCUGCCCGUCUAGCAGUCUCGUCUGUGCAAAGGCAGAAU